AUCCGCGUUGAACAGCCAUUUUUGUAAAACACAAACAAGACGAGACAGAAAAACGGCGAGCGUAGCAACAUAAAGAAAAGUAAAUAUUCACUUAAUUAUCGUGUUCGUGGAAGGUAGCUGCAGAAAUUAUAUAUAUUUAAGUCGAUUUUUUCAAUUACUGCGAUGCACGCGCUUGCAAAAGGAAUAAAGUCGUAGAUAAGUGAACGUAAAGGCGUUAGCUGGUUCGGCUAGCAUGCUAACGGGCGCUUGCUAGCUAGCAGCCUCCUGUUUUGUUCAUUUUGCUGAAGGAAAAAGGUCAAACGAGACAAAAGAGAGAAGUGUCUGGAGAAAGUGAUUGUAUGAAACACAACUAAACUGCCCCGAAACACUCGCUCAUAUCCACCUCCACUUAGUGUGUGUUUGUAAAGCAGAAAUUCUGCCAUUUUUUUUCUCCCCCUUUUUCCUUUGAGCUCUUCUAUUCAGUGUUUGGCAGCUAUCAGUUGACUGAUCUAGAGCUCAGAGAAGCAUCAAACACAAACACACGCACAGCAACAUACAGCGUCAUACAGUCGCAAACACACACACGGUGCCAUACGGUGUCAUACAUCCGCAAACACACAGCGUCUUACAGCAUCAAACACACACACACACACUGCAUCAUAGAGCAUCAUACAGCAACGCUGCUCCUGUGAAAGCAGAACAUUCGAGCCCCAAGGACGAGGAGAACAUGACUGCUGAGACACUUAACUUUGGUCCAGAAUGGCUCCGUGCACUAUCCAGAGGAGGGAGCAUCACGUCUCCUCCUCCUUCCCCAGCAAUGCCAAAGUCCAAGCUGGCCGAUUAUCGCUACGGCUGCGAGGAGAUGUUAGCACUUUAUGUCAAAGAUGAUACGGUCCCAGAGGACAUGCAGGAUAAGGAGUUUGCUGCCAUCCUGCAGGACGAGCCGCAGCAGCCCCUGGCUCUGGUGCCUCUGACCGAGGAGGAGCAGAGAAACUUCUCCAUGUCGGUGAACAGUGUGGCCGUGCUGAGGCUCAUGGGCAAAGGGGGCGGAGCUGCCCCGGUGGGCGUAUCCCGAAGCAGAGGGACUGCUAGAGGAGGACGAGGGAGGGGAAGAGGAGAAGGAGGGUUCUACCAAAGAGGAGCGGAGGAGGAGGUGGGAUUCGGGCGCAGCCGAGAGGUGCACCGCAGCCAAAGCUGGGACGACAGAGGCGAGCGCCGUUUCGAGAAGCCGCCAAGACGAGAGGGGGGACGCGGAGGCUUCGAGGACGCAGGGACGGGACGGAAGGAUUACACCCGCUCCGACAGCGAUAACUGGCGCACACUCCGUGAGGAGCAGGACGAGGAGGAAGGAGGUGUUGUAGGAGAAGGAGGCGGGAGCUGGAGGGUGGCUGGGACACGCCGUGAUGACGGAGGCCCACGCUCAGCCGGGUGGAGAGACCACGUUAACGGAGACGGGAGACGUAGAAAGUUCGACUUCGAUUUCCGGGAAGGUGACGUGGUCCGGCGGAGGUCAGGGAGUGAGGGGGGAGAGGAGGAGAGAGACGGGCUGCCAGAGUGGUGCACUGAUGAAGAGGAGGGUGAGAUGGGCACCUUCGAUUCGUCUGGAGCGUUCAUGUGUGUUAAGAAGGGCUCGAGAGACGCCAUCCCUGAAGACCAGGAGCUGGAGUUCGAGGCUCUGGAGGAGGAAGACGAGGCCGAGCGAGAGAGGAAGGACGAUUCUGCUGAUAAAGUAGAGGACAUCGAAGCGUCUGUUGCGUUCGACGACGGAGAGAUAAAACCUACUGCUUCUCCUUCUCCUCCUCCUCCUCCUCCUCCUCCCUCCAUUUCCAUCUGUGCUCUCAACUCAGAACAGGAACCACACCCACCUUGUGUUGCUCCGCCCACAAAGUUUAGCCUCCAGAUGAACGAAGAAGCAGCUCCAGUAGGGGGCAGCACUCAGCUGACUCGGAGCUCUCCUCCUGUCCCGACUGCCUCCCCUCCCAUCACCCCCGCUGAUGUCCUGCCUCCAGGUGGCGACACUGAGGAGGAAGACGGCAUGACGCACAUGCAGCAGGAGGCGGAGAAGAUGGUGGCGUCUCUACAGGACACGUCUCUGGAGGAAGAGCGUUUUACACAGGCCUUGCAGGAGAGCCAUGGAGUUGCUGUGACUCGCACACACACUCUCCCCACCACACACACACACUCCCACCCCAACACACACACCCUGCCUCACUCCGCCGGCGCCCUGCCGCUCACCCACGAGUCGGCCAUGAAGUGGUUCUACAAAGACCCUCAAGGAGAGAUCCAAGGCCCGUUCAGUCCAGUGGAGAUGUGUGAGUGGUUCCAGGCUGGUUAUUUCCUGAUGACUCUGCUGGUGAAGAGAGGCUGUGAUGAAGGUUUCCAACCUCUGGGGGACGUCAUAAAGAUGUGGGGACGUGUGCCUUUCUCUCCAGGACCCUCACCUCCUCCCCUACUGGGUAACAUGGAUCAGGAGAUGUUGAAGAAGCAGUUGGAGCAAGCAGCCACAGCAGCUCUCUACCAGCAGCUCCAAAUCAGAUUUCAACAUAUAAACAGGUGUGGUGAGACAGGAAUGUUGCCUGCUAUGAACCGAUCCGUGCCAGAAGCCUGGGACAUUCAUACCUCAUCCUCACAGACACCGGGUGCUGAGGUCGGUCUGUGGGAUUUGAACUCACCUCAGGGUCCAAUGCUUGAGCAGCUGCAGAAACUCCAGCAGGAAAGGCGUGAAGCUGAACUCAGGGUGAAGAGGGAGGAUGAGGAGCGAAAGCGUCGGGAAGAGAAGAGAAGGCUGCAGGAGGAGCAGAAGAGGAGAGAGGAGGAGGAGAUGUACAGGCGCAAACGUGAGCAGCAGUGUCGUCAGCAGGAGCUUCUGAUGAAAUUGCUUCAGCAGACUCAGCAGCAGCGGGAGGUGCAGGGAGGUGCAGGCUGGAGCUCGGCUCAGACAGGGUCGCUCUCUCUGGGUAAAGCUCAGGGAAAGAACCUCGGGCUCCUGGAGCAGCAGCAGCAGAGAGCUCAGCAGCAGAGGCUGUCAGUGGGGCAGUGGAGUGACAGCUCUGUGGGAAUGUGGACUGGAAUGGAGGGAAAGAUGAGCAGCACCAAUGGCGGCGGCGGCGGCAGCAGCAUGGGCAUCUGGGACGAGGCGAUUAAAAACCAAGUCAACCACCGUAACAUGGGCAUGAAGCACAGCAUGAGCAGCCCCUCAUUCAGUAGUACUAGCAGCAGUGAGCAGUACAUGCUGAACCGUCGGAAGCGGACAGAAGAAGAGGAGCGUCUGCUGAAGCUGUUACAGGGCAUGAAGCCUCAGCAGGACGGAUUCACCACGUGGUGUGAACAAAUGCUGCACGCUCUCAACACCUCAGCCAACAGCUCAUCCUCCUCUGUGGAUGUGGCCACCAUCGUGGCCUAUCUAAAGGAAGUGGAGUCGCCGUACGAGGUUCACGACUUCAUCCGUUCAUACCUGGGCGACACGGUCGAAGCCAAAGAGUUUGCGAAGCAGUUCCUGGAGCGCCGCGCCAAGCAGAAGGCCAACCAGCAGAGACAGCAACAGCAGCUGUGUAAAGAGAUCGCAGGACUGAAUAUGAACUUCCCCUUACAGUCUGUGUUCCAGACGAGCCACGUAAGUAAAAGUGGCAGCAUGUACGACAGUCAGGGAGGGAAGAUGAAGAAGAAACCCAGCCUGAUGCUCCACACUGAUCCCAGCAUCCUCGGAUACUCGUUUCUGGGCUCGAGCGAGCGGAUGAUGCUGGGAGAGAUGGAGGCGGUGGAGGAUUACUGACCCAGCAGAACCUUACUUGAGUCUACCUGAGGCCUUAACCUGGAACAAACUAGCAGACGAAUGUGCAUCGCUCCCUCGUUCUAUCACUCGCUCCCUCCCUCUCUCACCCACUCUCUCGUUAUGUCUCUCGUCCAGACGAGGACAGAGAGUGGAUCAGAGGUACGGUGUGUGUGUGUGUGUGUGUGUGUAGGGAGCUCUCACACCUCUUUGUCUAAGCACCUUAACUAAGCUAUUGCACUUUAUUACCAGAGUUUCAAUAUUUGAAAUUGAGUUGUUGUUUUGUUUUUUUUUGGGUUUUUUUGUGUGUUUUUUUUUUAAACAAUGCGCAAACGUGUGAAUAUAUCGUUACAUAUAUUAUGUGUAGAACUGUUUGUAUACAAAAGUGUGUGUGUGUGUUUAAGUACGUUUAUGACGGGAGUGUGUGAACGCAUUCUCUAAAGACAAACACUGUCGUAUUAUUUUUUUUGUUGUUGUUUUCAUACGAAAGCUAUAAAAUUGAAAAACUUGAACAUUUGCACUUGUUUAAGAAAAAUGUAAAAGGUUUAAAAAAAAGAAACAAAACAAAAAAAAAACAAACACAAAGUUAGACGAGUGAUAUUUUUCAGAUUGUGUGAGCGAUUUAAAGAAAAGUCUGCACAAAGAACUUUAUUACCGAGCGAUAUAAAGGAAACGCCAUGUUUUUAUUUUGUUCAAGAGAAAUUUUUAUAUUUCCUCGAAGUGUGUGUGUGUGAGACAUGUGUGUGUGUGUGUGUGUGUGUGUGUGUUAACCCGGCUUUCACUUGUACAUAGGUUCUAUAAGAGACAGAAAAGGUGUGUGUGUGUGCGCUCUUCUGCCUGCGUCCCGUCUGUGGUGCUGUAUUGCCUUUUUUUUUUUUCCCUUUUAUUUUGGAGGACAUUUGAGUGUUAGGUCUCGUUCCAACCCUGUCUUUAACCCCCUGCUGUCGCCAUCUUAAGCACUACGUCGGCCCGAGCGACAGAUUAGAGUCCACACUCGUUCUGUAUCUGUUAGCGGUGGCUGGAUCUUAUUCUGUCUCCUACUGGCCAAUCUUCCUAAACAGCAGGUUAAGUGGCGAUGUUCAGGUUGGAACGGACCCCGCGUUCCUCCGUUAGCUAGUGUGAACGAGCACGCAGCUCCGUAGCUGUUAUUGCCCCGUGGGGUGACGGAGCGCGCGCUCGGAGUGAGACGUGUUUAUAGCGUAGCUCUUCUGUUCUCCUCAAAACACCAUGAAACUGUGUAACAUUUAUUUCUCUCUAUUUUGGAGGACCAUAUGUGAACUAAUUGCCUUGUGUGUGUGUGUGUGUGUGUGUGUGUGUGUGUGACAACUUUAAUUUUCAUUGCUGUUUAAGAAAAAAAAAGUAUGAGGGAUUUAUUUUUUUAUUGUUGCAUACAAAGUAUUUGAACCUUCUGUGAUCUGAUUUGGAGCACUUUCAAGGCUGCUACCUUAUUGUUGUCAUUAUAGAUUUGUUUUAUUUCAUUUCAACUGCUUUUGUUUUCUUUUGUUGUUGUCGUCGUUGUUUUUUUGCAACCUUGGGAAGUUUAUUACAAAUGAAUGUAUUGCUAAAGAUGUGUAACGGAGCGUCGCGACAAGCCCGGAGUCUUCACUCACUUCAAAGUCCGACGGGCUUUUGACCAGAAAAUCCGACGUUUUCAGAAGGAAAUGUCCUGUCGUUCUUCCAGAACUUUCUCCAGCAGUGAACCUCGGGCCAAUCAGAGCCAAGGACGUGCACCGUGUAGCAGUAGAAGAUUUGACUUUUAUUUUUCGUUUGGGGGGAAAUUCAAGAAGUGUUGCCCCAUUUUCUGCCUAAUCUUCAGUGAAGACAGAGACUUUUGAAGUCCGGGCUGAGAAUUAUUCUGAUUAUUAUUAUUAAUAUUAUUAAUAUCGGUACUUGAUCUAGAGGAAUUCUGGAGUUAUAUUUUUUACAAAAGAAGAAGAAAAACCAGACGUGUAAGUAGCAGCAAUAAGGACAUGAACACGUGUGAGGACGCAGGUUCUCAUGGAGACGUGGACUCGAGUCUCGUACUGCGUCCUGGACGAGAAAAAAAAAAAAAAGCCCUUCGGUCUCAGUCGACCCGGGCGUGAGGUGGACCGGAGUCUCCUGCAGUUUUCAGCUUUCUUGUGGACUCGAGUCUCCUACACAGGUAAAAGAUUUGGAGACGUGGUCAUGCAUGUGCUACUGACUCCUCCGAGUGGACUCCGGUCUCCUGCCGUGUUGCGGAGGAAUAAAGGCGGACAGACGAACUCGAGUCGUCUUUGUCACAUGAAGGAAAAUCCGACACGGUCGAUGAAAUCUCCGCAGCAGAUCGGCUUCUAGAGGACGUUAGGGUGUUAAACGCUUGGGUUUGGAUAGAAACCCUGCAGAGAGAGAGAGAGAGAGAGAGAGACUGCUGCAGGUCCUCGAAGAAGAGGAACGAGUGAAACCAGCAAGUUUCAUCGUGAGGAAGUUCCUGCGAAGCCUGGAUCCUACUGGAAGGAAGACGUCCCGAUCCGUCUGAGGCUUCCCGGCCGGCUGAACUCCAUCCUCUCGCCUUCUCGCACACUUCUGUGUUUUUAAGGCAUGUGCCGACGAUCCGUUAGCAAACACGUCACGAUACGCCGCAUCCACGGGACGUUAGCCGAGACGCUGGUAAACAAACACGACCGCGCGCUAGAAGAGCGGCUGCUGCGCGAAGAGGAAGUCGAGGUCGGUUUACGACGACCAAUCAGAACAAACUAGUGUUGUUUUUUUUUUGUUGUUUUUUUUGCGCAAAAUCCAAAAUCUCAAUCAUCCAUAUAAAAAAUGGUUUAUCGGCACGUGCCAACUAUUUCUCCUUCUUUCCCCUUCUCUGUUUCCUUUUAUUUUCAUUUUCCUCUUUUCGGUCAUGUGACCUAAAAGGGCGGAGCUUAAGUUGAACUCUAUCAUGACAUCACCGGAAUAUUUUAGCUUGCGAACGAAAUUAGCAGCGGAUUUUUAACGCGCUGUGCGAGGUGAAGCUAAUGCUAUCAGAGAUCAUCAGCGUCGCGCUCAUGUAGCUAGCCGACCUGACUGACACCGUUAACGUAUGGCAUGAUGGAAUUUCACCUUAAGCUCCGCCCAUUUUGUGUAUAUAAAGUACGUUUUCUUUUAUUUCUGAAAAAUGUCCCCCCUUGUUUUUUAUUGCCAUGCCUUAAACUGUACAGUGGGCAAUUUUCUUAACUUGCUAGCUCACGUGAGCGUGUAUCAACAAUCUGGACGCAGUCGCACCCUCGGCUGUGGGACUCGGCUCUGUAUAUACCGUUUCCAAGCUACGAGAGUUUUUAGGUAUUAUCAAAGUUUGCGAGCAGUUUUAGCAGGAAAGGACGUUUGCCCCGCGCAUGCUCGAUCCCUCUCUCCGCCAGCGACAGACGAGUGGACGCCGCAGGCACGGAGGGCGGGGCUAGUGGAGUUUACGCUUUGAGAAGAACAAACUAUGUUAAACAUAAAAUAAAGUUUUAAAGCUUGAA